AUGAUUUUAAGCCCUACUAAGUAUUUAUUUCAAUUAGGAAAGUCAAAUGUUUCAAUCGUAGGAGUAUAUCGUGAUCGUGAUAGAAUCAUUCCAAAUGCAACAAAUCUGUCACCAACUCAACAUGAUAAUAAAAGUGGCCUCUUACUUAUACCAGAACCAACGUUACUUUGCCCAAAGGAUGCUGUACAGAUCGAACAGUUGGUGCGAAUCGCAUGGCCAGCAGCCAAAAUUAAUGCCCAGCAUCAAUAUUGCCAUUCGAAAACAUGUACCAACACAAAUCUGCCCCAACAGUCGCUUGUUACUAUCGAAACAGUACAAUUUAGCAUUAUUGCAAGCACCAUGAACGACUUGAGAUGUGAAGGGAACCAGAAAUGUAAUUGUAAGAAGAAUAUAAUGAGAAUACAUGUUUCAAUAAUUCACUAUCCUAAAACGAUAGUAGAAGUUUGUUCAAUGCGUGCAUUCGAGUUUCAGUUGGAUUAA